UAAGAUUGGGUCUUAAAGCUAGGUUUAAGGAAUUACGACUCGAGUUGAAGCUUUUAAAUUGCAGGCUCUGAGCAGUUUUGGUUAAUAAAAGCCAAAAUGUGUCACCUUUUGCUUUAAAAACAAAAUUGCAGGAAUUGUGAGAAUCGUGUUAACAGCUGCUUGUUACAUGGCAGUGCUAUCUCUGCUUUAGUAGUUCCUUUAGGAUUUGUGCUGGUGUUUAACUUUGUAGUGGUUAUUAUUGUGCUAGACAUUAGUUAUAAGGUGCUUAGAAUAAGGAUUUCCAAGCGUAGUGGAGGAAUUAUUGAUGCUAAGCCUGAGACUAAACUACUGUUUCACACUAUGGUUAAAAAUACUUUUCGUCUUUCCUUUUUGCUUGGGCUUCCUUGGUUUGUUGGUUUAUUACCUACUUCUACCUACCAGCAAUAUGCAACAGUCAUACUGAAUUCUUGUUCUGGAUUCUACAUCUUUUUCUACAGUAUUGUUGAAGACCCUAAGGUCAUGCCAGAGGGAAAGAAGAAAUGUAGAGCUAUGAUUACAAUGUUCUGGAAUAGGUUGCGAGUUCUGGCAGAGCUUUGUAGAGCUAUGUUUACAAUAUUUUGGAACAGGUUGCGAGUUCUGGCAAAGCUUUGUAGAGAUAUGUUUGCAUUGUUCUGGAACAGAGCUUUUAGGUUCCAGGUUCAGGCAGAGUUAAGAGACUUGUUAUUAUCAUGUUGUACUAGGUAUGAACACUACAAGUUAUGGGAUUAUUUAUAUUUAACCUCUCUGGAAAAUCUAUUAAGAAGGAUAUUGAGGAGUCCUCGGAAAAUUGAGCAAAGUCAUCAAAGUCAAAAAUCCAAGCCACUAAGUCAAGAAUUCGAGCCAUCCAGUGAACAAGAUGAAGUAUAUUCUCUUGAAACAGAGUUUUCUACUGAAGGAUUAUCUAGUUACUGUUAAAUAAAUGAGUUUUCUUGUCAAGAAA